CACAAAAAGUGAAUUGGCGACACAAAAAAGAAGUGCUAAAAAUCAUAAUAAUUGCAAAAAAAAAUUGAUAAAAUCGCCAAGAUUGCAUCGAAGCAGGUGAACAAAGUGACGAUGAAAGUGAAAAAGGAAGAGUGAAGACUCGGGAAUGACUAGAAGCGCAUAAGAAGCACUCAAAAGGGCAACUCAGCUUCAUUCGUUGUUGGAUUUCAUCACGGGAAUUCCUUCCUGUGUGCGGAGUGUGGCAAAGAACGACAGAGAGACACAAAAAAAUCAACAAACAACCAGGCGUCGGCUCCGAAUUUACAAAAAAAAACAGGAAACGCACAAAAUCUUCACACUUUUUUUCACACAGUUAAGCAAUAAAGCCUCUCGAAGGGCCUGUAGACUCUGGCUCAGAACGGCGGUGAUCCACGGGGGGCGCAAGAGUCUCCCGAAAACUCACCAGACGGCGGGGGAGCAACCACCUGUUGGUGGGCUUCAUGGUCAGCAAUGGGUUGCUUUGGAUCAGCGAGCUCAAAACAAACGGCAGGUUCCGACGGAACUGACGACACAAAAAGCCAAAAGAAACGCAGCGAUGCCAUCACGAAGCAGUUGCAGAAAGACAAGCAGGUUUACAGAGCUACACAUAGACUACUACUGUUAGGCGCCGGUGAAUCUGGGAAGUCGACAAUCGUAAAACAGAUGCGAAUAUUGCACGUUAAUGGUUUCUCCGAAUCUGAAAAGAGACAGAAAAUCGAUGACAUCAAAAAGAACAUCCGAGAUGCGAUUUUGACAAUUAGCGGUGCGAUGAGUACGUUAACGCCCCCCGUACAACUCGAACAUCCGGAAAAUCAAUUUAGGGUUGACUACAUUCAAGAUUAUGCCUCGAAUCCAGACUUCAAUUAUCCACCGGAAUUUUACGAGCAUACAGAAAUCUUGUGGAAAGAUCGCGGCGUGCAACAGACGUUUGAACGUUCGAACGAAUAUCAAUUGAUCGAUUGUGCUAAAUACUUUCUCGAUCGUGUCAGUGUUGUCAAACAACCAAAUUACACACCAACUGAACAAGAUAUCUUGCGAUGUCGUGUCUUGACAUCGGGAAUUUUCGAAACAAAGUUUCAAGUAGAUAAAGUUAAUUUUCAUAUGUUUGAUGUCGGCGGUCAACGUGACGAACGUCGCAAAUGGAUACAGUGUUUUAACGAUGUCACAGCAAUCAUCUUCGUAACGGCAUGUUCUAGUUUUAAUAUGGUUUUGCGUGAAGAUCCCACACAAAAUAGACUUAGGGAGUCGCUCGAUUUAUUCAAAAGUAUUUGGAAUAAUAGAUGGUUACGUACUAUAUCUGUUAUACUUUUUCUAAAUAAACAAGAUUUGCUAGCGGAAAAAGUUAAAGCAGGGAAAAGCAAAUUAUCAGAUUAUUUUGCGGAAUUUAAUAGAUAUCACACUCCGGCUGACGCAAUCGCCGACUCUGGAGACGAUCCAGAAGUAAUUAGAGCCAAAUAUUUUAUUAGAGAUGAAUUUUUGCGUAUUUCAACCGCCAGUGGCGAGGGCAAACAUUACUGCUAUCCACAUUUCACCUGUGCUGUGGAUACGGAAAACAUCAAACGUGUUUUCAAUGACUGUCGAGAUAUAAUUCAAAGAAUGCAUCUUCGUCAAUAUGAACUUUUAUAGACAAUUACAUGUUUUAUUUUGAUAAAAUCAACAAUUCAUUAUUAUUUUCCUGAUUCUGGUCAUCAUAUUUACAUCAUAUAUAAUUAUUAUUAUUAAAUAAAUUAAUGAAAUUAUUGUUUAGAAAGUAAAAUCUUUUACAGCUAUUAACACUAAAGAUAACAAAAAAUUGUAGCUAAGUCCGCUACAAAAGAAUUAAAAAAAUAACAAACGAUUCACAGUAGAAAAAAGCGGAUCCGAUGUAAGAUCCACUGUAUGUGUUGCAAUAAUAAAAUAAAAAAAAAUACCUAUAAAUAUAUAUAUAAAUAAUAAAAAUAUAUAUAUUAGUUAAAAAAAUCUAUAAUACACAAGUAACUAAAAAAAAUCAGAUAAAUACCCAUCAAACACACAC